UUCUCACACUUGAAAAGAGAGAAAAAAACUUGUUUGCAGCUGUUUGAGCUCAUCAGGAGCGAAGGAGCAGCAGGACCAUUUGUCUGAGAACAUGUCCAGUUCACUGGAGAGGGUUGUGGCCCAGAAGAAGCAGGCCAUCGAGGCAGCCAUGGAUAUGUUUGAAAAAGGGGCUGAGGUGCUGGCAAGUGCUGUGGGGGAGCUCUUCCCUCUCUGUGAGGCCGCCGCUCCAGUUCUCCGCCUGGCCUUAGACAAUGUCCAGAGCAGAGAGGUCUUCUAUGUCAAAGAACAAUUCCUGACCGUGAAGAACAAGCUUGAUGUGCUCUCCACACAACUGGAAGACAUCGAAUGUGAAAUAAAGAAGGGGAGAUUGGACUCCCAGUACUUUUCCAUGGAGGAGAACAUUAGGAACCAGUUUCGGAAGUAUAUGGACAUCUUGGAGGCAAAACAGCUGUUCAGGCAGGUGAAGACCAGGCUUUUCCUGGAGCACUUUGCCAAAACUGGAGGAGAGAAGAACUUGUUUGUGCUGUAUGAUGCUCUGAUGGGGACGAACAGCUUUGGAGAGUCAGUUUUAGAGGUGGUAGAAAGAUACGUGGCAAGGAACAGGCGUCUUCUGGAAGAUUUCUGUGUCCGCAUGAAGGAGCUCUUUUGUUUGGGCCUCAUCGCUCUUCUAGGCUACAGUGCCUUAACCCAGGGCCAAGAGGAAGAAGAGAUAAAAAUCCAAGAAUGGAGCAGCAAAAUUGAACAAGUGGAAUCCAGGAUGAAGACAACCAUCGAGUCCUGCAUCGCAGCCUUCCCUGAGCAAGCAAAACUGGACGCCCAGUGCCUUCUGCAAGAAAAGCAAGAAGAGAAUCUGCAAGAUACAACUCAGCAGCUUCUAGAGUUCUUGGUGAAAAAGUAUGACUGGGUCAGCUGGUCAGUGCGGCUAAUCAACCAUUCAGGCAGCACCUACCGGAACUGGAGAGCAGGAGAGCACUUCCAUCACGUGGCGGGACAGAACUGGUUCGAGGUACUGCAGGUGAACAAUAUCAACCUGGUGGUGUCGUACAGCACCAAACCCCAGCCAGUGCCCCGCGACUGCAUCCAGCAGGUGAUGGAGGGCCAGGGCAAGAAGGGAAAUGCCCCGACAGUGGUGGAGGUGUUGGAGAAACAGCUGUGUGGGUUUGUUGUUCACGCAGUCAGCCGCCACAAGGAGUCUGCAGCUGCAUGGAGCUUUCCAGAGGACUGUCAUUACUGGGAGAGACACAAGAAUGUGGUCGUGUGUGUGCACUCAGAGUAAAGCUGACAUGCCUGACAUUGUAGGAUUUUACAGCAGAGUGUUGUAUUCAAAUUGAAAUACUCUUGAGAUUUGUGUCACUUGUCCAUCUCUGGAAAACACAGAAUCUCAGAAACGAUUGAUGAUGCACUAAUCUGUAAUGCUUGACUGGAUGCUGACUUUAUUACAUGAAUUCAAAUGCUACUGUUCCAUAAAACCUUUCUCUUGCCCACGUUUAUACAAUUUAGUGAUUAAUAAUAAUAAAUUCUGAGCACCACAGCAAUCCUUCGUGCACAAUAUUUCCUAAGUCCCAGAAGUUGUUAACUCUAGUAACUCAAACGACCCUUAUGCAGCAGGGAGUCCCACUGGGUUUUGUUCAGCUCUUUCACAUUUUGUGGUGCACAUAUCUCAUAUAUGAUUGUGGGGCAGAAGUUUAACUACUUAGUGUUUAACAUCCAGUUAACAACAAGUCAGAUUGGUGCAUCCUUAGAGAAACAUUUUAUUCCAUAUUUUGUUGCAAAAAUGUAUUCACAAAUGAGCUCUUAUUAGCUUUGAGGGUUGUGUCGCUCCUAUACAAGACAGACAUUUGAUUUAUAGAUGUAAAUUUAGUUUCAGCUGUUUGAAUAGCAACUGUUUGCAUAUUAUACAUGAUAUCACUACACAUUUGUAAUUUAUGAGUUACUAACCAGUUUGUUUACAACUAUAAGAAAUUUUACACUAACACUGUACUGUAUAUACAGUAAUAAUAGGGUGUGUCUGCUUUUACUGUAAUAAUCCAGUCUCCAGUGAGAAAUGGCUUCUACACCUACAGCUCUAAAGAGAUGGUUUUGCUGAGGCUGCAUCUACAGAGCUGUGCUUCCAUUUUGUCUCCACUCAGCAGGCUGGCCUACAUAACUCUGACAGGGAGCGCAGAGGUUACCUUUUCAGCUGUGAAAAACAAGAGGCUGAGAGUUUGGCACUGGAGAUGGGACAAUGUGCCUUGUGUUUCAACACAUUCAAACCCCUUGAUGUGCAAACAAAUCCACUGAACCCUACUGCUUACCAGCGCUGUGCCUGUAAUUACACUCUGUAAUGGCUUGUACCCGUUGGUUCAGCCUGGAUGAGAGUGAUUCUGUCUGCAAGACUCUUCAUUUGUGCAAUUUAGCUGUGUGAUAAACAAUAAUUGCUGUGUAAUUUUUGCACUUCUCAACCAAAUGAGAUUUUAUUUUUAUUUUUUUUAUGAUUUACAAACUAAACACCAAUUUUUGCUUAUUUAAAACAAACCACUGUGAUUUACUAAAACAUUUCACUUCCCAGGUGCCUAUCAAAACAAACAUACCAUGUUUAGAUCCAUGUUACACCAAUGAGUGAAUAGCAAAAUUUAUAUAUACUUAUAUCAAAAUGUCAUGUAUUACUUAAACUAUAUUAGCAUCUAUAUCGAUGACAAAAAACUCAA